GAUUUUUUUUUUAUUGUAUUUAAGAAUAUUAGAUUGAAUGACUACUUUUAAUAUCACGUUGCAAUCUUAGAUUGUAUAUUGUUUAACCUGUCAACUUAUUAAAUUUGUCUCGUAUUUAUUGACAGUGAACUUGUGUGACUCAUAUACCAGAAAUGCUGCACCCCCAGCGCAGUGCCCAGACCGUCCUACUGUGUGACCUCUGUGAAACUGUCGACCUACAGAGUCACUGUGAACUUUGUAAUGUAAACUUAUGUAAGGCCUGUGUUGAGGAACACCUUUCUGAUUCAUCUAAACAACACGAUGUCGUGUCCUUUUUACGCAGAAAGUCUACUCCUAGCUACUCAAAAUGUCCGACACACGCCGACAAACAUAGCAAACUUUACUGUGAGGAAUGUGACGUUCCUGUCUGUUCUACCUGUGUCUCAAAAAAACAUAGAGGGCACAAUUUAUGUGAUGUCCUGGAAAAAUUCAACUCUAGUACGGCGAGUUUACAAAAAGAUUUAGAGGAACUAGAGAGCAGAAUUUAUCCCCGUUAUGAAGAAAUGGCGUCCGAUGUCCAAACUGAGAAAUCUGAGUUACAAACGAAAUACGGGAAACUGACAACAGCUGCCGAUCAACAAGGAGAAGUCUUACACCGGGAGAUUACCGCCAUUGUCAACCAGCGAAAAUCCGACAUCCAGGAGAUGAAAAAUAAACAUAUGGCCGCUCUAGAUAAAAACACAGAUGAAAUUACACAGAGAAUUACAGAACUUAGAAAGAUCAUUGAGGACCUGAAGAAAAUACUGAACACCAAGGACGUCUCUCUAACGUCUACUUACAAAUCUAGGAAUGGCGAGUUCCGACAAUUACCUCCUAAAGUCCGAGUUACAUUACCGAGUUUUUCUCCUUCCAAAAUAGAUAAAGAUCAGCUCAAUAAAAUGGUAGGUUCACUGUCAUUAUUGUCCAUUACAAAACAACAAGGCUGCACAAUCAAACCACUGCUUGAUGAACCGGGAGUCACCACCACCAUAGACACUGAGUAUCAAUAUCUAUACAAUGUUAGGUGUCUAAGUGAAGAACAAGUCUGGACAUGCGGUAAAAACAAAAUAAUGAAGCUUUUCAACCUCCGGGGUAAACUACUGACAUCAAUAAAAACCAAGUCAGGGAACGCACCAGAGGACAUAGCACUGACACGGGACGGAGAUCUUGUUUAUACUGACUAUGAUAAAACUAUAAACCUAAUAAAAAAUAAACAGAUACAGACCGUGGUCACACUACAGGGAUGGUACCCUCUCUAUGUCUGCAGUACCGCCUCUGAUGAUCUCCUGGUUACCAUGAUCAGUGAUGACUGGACACAGUCCAAAGUUGUGCGUUACUCUGGCUCCACAGAAAAACAAAGCAUUCAGUUUGAUGAUCAGGGUCGUCCUCUCUAUUCAUCUGGUGUUUAUAAAUACAUCAGUGAGAACAGGAACCUGGAUAUCUGUGUGGCUGACUGUGAAGCUAAUGCAGUAGUGGUGGUCAAUCAAUCAGGAAAACUCCGAUUUAGAUACACUGGCCAUCCCUCUAAUACCAAGCAAUCAUUUACUCCACGCGGCAUCACUACAGACAGCCAGAGUCGCAUCCUGACAGCAGACCAUGACAAUUACCAUAUCCACAUCCUAGAUCAGGACGGACAGUUCCUCCGUUACAUUCACUGUGAUUUAGAAUACCCUCACGGUUUAUGUGUGGACAUCAGAGACAACCUCUUUGUGGCUGAGUGCAGAACUGCUAAAGUGAAGAAAAUCCAAAAUUGUAUGACUCAGAUACCAGAAAUGCUGCACCCCCGGCGUAGUGCCCAGGCCGUCCUACUGUGUGACCUCUGUGAAAUUACCCCCAUACAGAGUCACUGUGAACUUUGUAACGUAAACUUAUGCAAGGCUUGUGUUGGGGAACACCUUUCUGAUUCAUCUAAAAAGCACAAUGUCGUGUCCUUUUUAGACAGAAAGUCUACUCCUAGCUACCCAAAAUGUCUGACACACGCGGAUAAACAUAGCGAACUUUACUGUGAAAAAUGUGAGGUUCCUGUCUGUUCUACCUGUGUCUCAAAAAAACAUAGAGGUCACAAUUUGUGUGAUGUUCUGGAAAAAAUUAACUCUAAAACGGAAAGUUUACAAAAAGAUUUAGAGGAACUAGAGAGCAGAAUUUAUCCCCGAUAUGAAGAAAUGGCAUCCAAUGUCCAAAUUGAGAAAUCCGAGUUAGAAACGAAUUACGGGAAACUGGCCACAACUGCCGAUCAACAAGGAGAAGUCUUACACCGGGAGGUCACCGCCAUUGUCAACCAGCGGAAAUCCGACAUCCAGGAGAUGAAAAAUAAACACCUGGACGCGCUAAAUAAAAACACAGAUGAAAUUACACAGAGAAUUACAGAACUUAGAAAGAUCAUUGAGGACCUGAAGAAAAUACUGAACACCAAGGACGUCUCUCUAACGUCUACUUACAAAUCUAGGAAUGGCGAGUUCCGACAAUUACCUCCUAAAGUCCGAGUCACAUUACCGAGUUUAUCUCUUUCCAAAAUAAAUAAAGAUCAGCUCAAUAAAAUGGUUGGUUCUGUGUCAUCAUUGUCCAUUACAAAAGAAAAACAAGGCUGCACAAUGAAGUUACCAGAAGCUGUACAUGUGUCGUCUCGUCCAGUCAAACCACUGCUUGAUGAACCGCGCGUCACCGCCGCCAUAGACACUGGGUAUGACGAUCUAUACAGUGUUAGCUGUCUGAGUGAAGAGCAAGUCUGGACAUGCGGGGAAGACAAAAUCAUGAAGCUCCUCAACCUCCGGGGUGAACUACUGACAUCAAUACAAACCGAGUCAAGGAACGAACCACUGGACAUAUCAGUGACACGGGACGGAGAUCUUGUUUAUACUGAUUAUAAUAAAACUGUAAACUUAGUGAAGAAUAAACAGAUACAGACCGUGAUCACACUACAUGGGUGGGUACCUCACAAUGUCUGCAGUACCUCCUCUAAUGAUCUCCUGGUUACCAUGGUCAGUGAUGAUCACAAACAAUCCAAAGUUGUGCGUUACUCUGGCUCCACAGAGACACAAUCCAUUCAGUUUGAAGAUCAGGGUCGUCCUCUCUAUUCAUCUGGUGGUUACACUAAAUACAUAAGUGAGAACAGGAACCUGGAUAUUUGUGUGGCUGACUAUGAAGCUAAAGCAGUAGUGGUGGUCAAUCAGUCAGGAAAACUCCGAUUUAGAUACAUUGGUCAUCCCUCUAAUACCGAGCAAUCAUUUACUCCAUUCGGCAUCACUACAGACAGCCAGAGUCACAUCCUGACAGCAGACAUUUACAAUCACCGUAUCCACAUCCUAGACCAGGACGGACAGUUUCUCCUUUACAUCCAGAAUUUAGAACGUCCUCACGGUUUGUGUGUGGACCUCAAAGACAACCUCUUUGUGGCUGAGUAUCUCACUGCUAAAGUGAAGAAAAUCCAAUAUCUUGAUUGCGAGUUAUUAGAUGACGACACAUAUGUCCAUUAUGGGGAAUCUGGUGAGCUGGUGUCUAAUGGAGAAGAGGAAAAGUCACAACAGAUAAACAUCAAGGAACUGUUGGUGGAGACAGAAGAGAUCACAUCAGAAUCUGAUUGGUUCGCGCAAUCAUCCCCACAGAAAAAAGUAGUAAAAGUGCAAGAUGGUAAGGAUAUGAAGAUGAAGGACAGGAGACAAAUUCACGCAAAACCAGUUGUCCUGUGCAGGAGUGCGACUUUAUUGGGCGUAAACUUAAAUUCCAUGUUCAAGCAGAAUAUCUGCCACGUAUCUUAUGGGAUAACCCCAGCCAUCAAUAAAAGACGCAAAAGUUCCCUCCCAGUCGCAGAUUAUGGACAGAUCUCAGAAGUAGAUGAGGAAGUUGUCAAGGUGGAUGAGGUGGCCUGA